AUGGUGCCACUGCGAGACAGACUCAUAGUGGCCUCCAUAGGAAAUACAUUUGGAGACCUGCUGGUUGCCCGCCCAGCCGUGCUGCCUGGAGUAGAGAUUAUUCCCGAGGCUUCCUGUUUCUCAGAUUCAUUUGUUGAGACUAGUGACUCCGCCAGCCCAACACCAUCAGUCUUGGUACCACCAUACCUGGCACAGCCACCCCUAGUCCCCCCACAACUGGCUUUGGCACCACAAGCACCAGUACCGCAAGCCCUGGCACCGCUAGUCCUGCCUCAGCCAGUUUCACUACGGCCAAUCCUGCCACCACUAGUCCCCCCACAACUAGCUUCGGCAGAACAAGCACCAGUACCGAAAGCCCUGCCACCGCCAGUUCUGCCACAACCAGUUCUGCCACAACCAGUCCUGGCUCCACAAGCCCCAGCACCACCGCUUCUGGAACCGCCAGUUUUGGCGGAUCCAGAAAUCGAAGUACAAGAGCAAGUGCCAGCCGCACCGCCAGCCCAGGAAGAGCCUGUAGUGCUUCCCGGCAAUGCUGCUGAAGUUCAGCCAUUUCUGGAGCACGGUGACAUGGAAGCACUGAUGGAUGCAGGCACGCACUCCAUAUUCGUUCGGGACAUCAGCAGAGCGCUAUGGCCGGAUAACCUGAGGAACAGAAGCCUCGCAGGGACCCCCUGCCGUCGUCUUUUGAAAAGUGGCGCAUUGGGAAGGCGAGCCCUGACUCCUCAAAAACUGAAAUAUAUUCGCCGUUCCCUCGCGGCGUACAUCGAGAGGAACCCGUCACCAGUUGUGUCGGCCGCCCUGAGACUUGGUCAGCUCAACACGCACAUCCGGAGGCUGCUGGGAGACGAGAACAGAAAGCGCCACUGAGCAGCAGCAGCAGCAGCAGCAGAUUUUAUACUCCGUG